AUGGCCUUGUUGGUGAUAUUAGGGAUAGGUUUUGUUACCUAUUUGGUGUUUCUGAGUAUCUAUCGCCUGUAUUUUCACCCAUUGAGCCAUAUCCCCGGCCCAAAGUUGGCUGCGAUUACCCAUGGCUACGAAUUUUACCACAACAUCAUCCGAGGCGGCCUAUUUAUCUGGGAGCUCGAACGGCUGCAUGAAGUUUACGGCCCAAUCAUCCGCAUAAACCCCCGUGAAGUUCACAUCAAGGACCCGGAUUACUACGAUGACAUCUACGCCUCCAGCGCCCGCAAACGCGAAAAGGACCCCGUUCUCGUCGCCCAGUUCGGCCUCGAAGGCUCGGGCUUCUCAGCAAUCGACCAGGAAACUCAUCACCAGCGGCGCGCACCCGUGGCGAAAUUCUUCUCCAAGCGCGCGAUCGAGAACCAGGAACACUUGAUCCGCGACAGUUUGAACAAACUCGUGGGGCAUUUCCAGGAGGCUUGUCGUGCGCACACGGUCGUCAGUUUGGACGCUGCGUUUGCGGCGUUAACCUCCGAUGUCAUCCACCAGUAUGCGUACGGAUUCAACCCUAAUAAUCUUGAUAAGGAGGGGUUCAACGCCAAGGUCCGAGAUGGCAUCAAUGGUCUCUUCCAGCUUGCGCAUCUGCUUUACUUCUUCCCCAUCUUGCAGACGCUUAUGAAUGUCAUGCCGCUUCCCCUGUUGCAGGUGUUGAACCCCCCUGCGUUUGCGUUGGCGAGUCAGAAAAAGGAGCUCUAUGAGCAGGGUGCGGCUGCGCUGGAAAAGGCAAACUCCAAGGCUGGCAGUGGGACAUUGAUCGACACGCUUGCCGCGCCAUCCAUGCCGGAACAUAUGCGUUCUGCGCAUCGGCUCAUGAAUGAGGGCUUUGCUUUGGUGAUUGGCGGUACCGAGACGACUGCGAGGUCGCUUGCUCUUGGGGCGUGGCAUUUGUUCACUAGAGAGGAUAUCCGAAACAAGCUUCGCGAGGAGCUGAAGCAAGUGAUGCCGACGCCGGAUUCUCAGCCGACGUGGAAUGACUUGGAAAAACUGCCGUACAUGUCCGGAGUAAUCAGCGAAUCCCUACGUCUUUCAACCGGAAUUGCGAAUCGAUCAUCGAGAGUAGCACCUACCGAAGCGCUGGUGUAUAAAGACUACACUAUCCCGCCUGGAACCCCCGUCAGCGAAACAAAUUACUUCACCCUGAUGGACCCGGAAAUCUUUUCUGAUCCCCACGCUUUUGACCCGGAACGAUGGAUCCGGGCCGCUGCCAAGGGACAGCGAUUGGACCGCUAUCUGGUGAACUUCUCGAAAGGAAGCCGCAUGUGUGUGGGCUUGAACUUGGCCUAUGCGGAGCUGUUCCUGGUCAUCGCUACGAUCGUCCGUCGGUUUGAUAUUGAGCUGUAUGAGACGCCGAAGAGUAAUAUCGAUUUUGCUCGCGAUUUCGGUACUCCGUACCCGGAUAAGGGUAACUUUAGUGUGCGGGCCUUGGUUACGGGAGUUAUUAGCGAGUAG